GGUUGGGGGCGUGGUACGAAGUUUCAUGGAGGCAGCUCUGGGUCAGCGAGUAGUCCGUGGACCAGACUGGGAGUGGGGAGACCAAGAUGGCGGCGAGGGUUUCGUGGGGACGGUGGCUGGACUGGAGGAAGGUGGAGGAGGAGUGAUAGUCCAGUGGGACAUGGGACAGAGGUGUAGGUACCGCUGUGGCAGAGACAACAAGUUCGACCUCAGAGUCCUGGACGACGGCCCUAGCGGUAACCAUCAAACUACAUAGUUAAUAUUCACUAUCCCGUUAGCGACUGAGUAAAUCUAGCUAUAGUCAAUGCUACUCUAUGAAGGGCGCAGUUAUUCCAAGCAUCGAUGCCACGUGUGUCGAAAGAAGAGGGUGUACGGAGUGAUGUGGAGGUGUCUGCACUGCCCGGAGUACUACCUGUGCUCCGUCUGCUACCUGGCCAACCAUCACUGCUCCCUGCAUCGAUUCACAUGUCUGCUGGACAGAGACGGGAUGCAGUUUCGAGUCCUGGCACGAGCAGACUCCCGACGUAUUCCAGUCAGUGGUCUGUUCUAUGGAGCUGAGGUGGUGAGGGGGACUGACUGGAGAUGGAAUGACCAAGAUGGUGGAGUGGGUAGGACGGGGAAGGUGGUGGAAGUAUUGGACUGGAGUAAUGAGGGAGGUAGUGGAUAUGAGCGGAGUGUUGUGUUGGUGACGUGGGAGAAUGGGAACAAGAAGAAGUACAGAGCUGGACAUAGAGGAAAGGUUGAUGUGAGGUGUAUUGCUCCUGGCAGCGGCGGGUUCUAUUAUCCUGAACACCUUCCUGUACUCUGUCAAGCUGUGAAGCCUCCUAGCUCAGGGGACAUAGUGACUGGGGACAGAAUAAAGUGUGAGGUGAAUCUUGCUGAGCUGGACGACCCUGAAAUGGCAGAGAAGAUUGGUCUGAUGUUGGACCAUGUCGGGACAGUCAAUGUCCUCCUGGAGAAUGGAGAGCUCCUGGUCCGCUACCCUGGCAACUCCCUCGUUCAAGUCAACCCAGCAGCUGCCAAGAAGCUCGAGGGAGGGAUUCACCAUCACUCAGUCUACUAGUGGACUCAGCUGCU